AUGGGAAGCGUUUUUUUACCACAUUUAAAAACCGGUUGGCAUGUAGAUCAAGCAAUAUUACAUGACCAAGAUAGAUUAGUAGUUAUUAGGUUCGGUAGAGACCAUGACAAAGAUUGUAUGUUAAUGGAUGAACAUUUAUAUAAAAUAGCAGAAAAAGUUAAAAAUUUUGCAGCAAUAUAUCUGUGUGAUAUAGAUGAGGUUCCUGAUUUUAAUGAAAUGUAUGAGUUAUACGAUCCUAUGACAAUAAUGUUUUUUUAUCAAAAUAAACAUAUUUUAUGCGAUUUUAGUACUGGUGACAAUAAUAAAAUGAAUUUUGUGAUUCAUGAUGACCAGGAAAUGAUAGAUAUUAUAGAGACGAUAUUUAGAGGUGCAAGGAAAGGGAAAGGUUUGGUUGUGUCUCCUUAUGAUUACAGUUAUAAAAGAAAAAAAUGA